AUGGGCGACGACUCUUCAUUCGCAGACGGCUCUGCGAGUGACGAGGACGAUACUAGGCCUCUACGGCUCUGUCCAGAUGCAGGCUGCUGGGGUUUGGAGGUGAUGCGUUGUCUCUGCUGGGGGCCUGCAGCCAAUUGGGAUGGUGGCAUGGCCCUGGCAGAACUCGUGGGCUGCAGCGUCAGAGACAAGCAGGGGGGCAGCAGCCCGCCCGCCGAGGGCCAGGGCAGCGAUGGGCGCGGGAUGGCAGGCAAGCAGGCAAGCCAGGGUGGGCAAAUGUCACUCUUGUGUCGUAUUCUCAGCCCACAGCGGCGUGCGACGGCGGCACGGUGGAACGUUCUGCUGAUGGCGGUUUUCACGAUACCUACGGGGAUGUGA